AAAAAACUGAUAGGGUUUUUAACAGAGUGUUCUUCUUACGUAUAAAAGAGAUUCCUUAUCGCAUUCCACCGUUUAGUUCUUCGUCUUCUACUUCGCAGUCUGUUCCAAUUUUCUCAAAGAUGAAUGUUGAAAAGUUGAUGAAGAUGGCCGGUUCUGUUCGAACCGGUGGAAAGGGUACCGUGAGAAGAAAGAAGAAGGCUGUUCACAAGACAGCUACGACAGAUGACAAAAGACUUCAAAGCACCUUGAAGAGAAUAGGGGUGAAUGCUAUCCCUCAAAUUGAAGAAGUCAACAUUUUCAAGGAUGAUGUAGUUAUUCAGUUUUUAAGCCCCAAAGUACAAGCAUCUAUUGCUGCCAAUACCUGGGUUGUUAGUGGUACUCCUCAAACAAAGAAGUUGCAGGAUAUUCUCCCUAACAUCAUCCACCAAUUAGGGCCAGAUAACUUGGAAAAUCUGAAAAAGCUUGCUGAGCAAUAUCAGAAGCAGGCUCCUGCAGGAGCUGAUGCAACCGCAGUGCAAGAAGAUGAUGAUGAUGCGGUGCCAGAUCUUGUCCCAGGGGAGACUUUUGAGACUGCUGCUGAGGAAGAGAUUAAGGCUUGAAGUUUUACUGUGUUGUCUUUAUUUUUGGAUGUCUUUUUUUUUCUUCUCCAAAAUUAUGUGUUUCAGGUGUUUUGCGAUGCUCCUCUCACAUACUUUCAAUUAGUUAAAAACUCUUAAAUCUGCUCUUUGAUCUAACGAAGUGUAUGUACCUGACAGCACCUGAGUUUGUCUAUUGUAUGUCCAUUAUUAUUGGAGGUAGCAAUCAAUUUUGGUAUUUGUAUUCUUAA